AUGAAGAAUUCAAGAAAACAGCAUUCUACAACUAGCAUUUUAAUCGAUUCAAAAUUGUAUUUUUUUGGAGGAAUUGGAAAAGGUUCAAAUGACAUUGAAAGUUGUAUAAAUCAAAUAUUAUUAUUAGAUUUAUCCAAUUCAUUCAACAACAAUGAUAUUCCAUGGACAGAUUUAACAUCACAAAUAACUUCCAAUAAUACACCACAGCCAUUAAGUUAUUGUUGGAGUUCAAUUGGCGAUAGCAAUAAAAUAAUAUAUUUGUUUGGUAAUGUUGGAAGAGAAGUAACAUCAAAAACGUCUAAUAUUAAUGGAUUUGUAAACGCUUUUGAUCCAUUGAGCAAACAAUGGGAAAAGCCAGUCAUUGAUGGUGUUACACCAGAACAAAGAAUAUUAUUUCAAGCUGUUAAUGAUAAUCAAAAUGCAAAAAUAUAUAUUUUUGGUGGAUCGAGUGGUUUUAAUGGUACCACUUUGUUAAACGAUAUGAACGUUUUAAAUACAAAUUCAAAUAACAGUUUAUCCUGGGAGUCAAUUAUUUUCUCCAACAAAGACAAGCCUCCACUUUGGUCUGAUUAUACCGCCACGCUGUUAUCUAAUGGAAAUAUUAUUUAUAUUGGUGGAAAACAAAUGAUUCCUGGUUCAAGUGUUAUAUCAUUUGCUCAAAUGAAUGAGAUAUGGGUUUAUGAUACUAAGAAAGCUGUUUGGAAGAAGAAUAUUGCCACUGGUAUUAAUCCAGAUGUGAGAAUUGGCCAUUCUGCUGUAUUGGGUAAUUCAAAUGAUGGAAUGGAACCUGCAACACCAAAUCUAAUUGUUUUAAAUACAAGUAAUUUUCAAUGGUCAGAACCAAAAAUAUCCAACCAAUCACCAUCUGCUCUUGCAUAUCAUUCUGCAACCUUAAUUAAUAAUCAAAUGAUUAUAACAUUUGGAAACACGACGACAGGACCAUCUUCAGAUAUUUAUAUUUUGGAUAUUUCGUUACCUUCCGAGUACAAAUGGACAUCAUCAUAUAAUCUUAAUCUUAAAACACCCUUUAUAUUACCAAAAGAAUUAGGAACUAUAAUUGGGGUAACAGUUGGAGGUGUUUUUAGUAUAACUACGAUAACAGUAGUAACAGUUCUAUUGUAUAAAAAAUGGAAGAAAUUACAACAAUUAAAAAAUACCACAAGUCCUCUUUUUUCUGAAACGCCUCCGCCUGAUUAUAUGGACAUAACGUCUGCUUCAACUACACCUUUAAGAACACCUAGCAGCAGCAAUAACAACAACAAUAUUAGUAAUUAUUCAACACCUUUAAGGCAAAAACACGUUCUUGUUCAUUUAUCCUCCUCGUCAACUUUAACUCCAACAAAAUCUUUAAAAAAUACAGCAGAAGCACAAUUACUACAAAUGUCUAAAUUAAAUUUUUCCAAUUUAACAUCGAGUGAUUUUCAAUCACAAUCAUCGGAUGGAUCUUCAACAUCUACCACUACCACUACUACAUCAUCUGGUAGUAAUAGUGAUAAUAGUAAUAAUACAUCUACUAGUGCAUCAAGUCUUAAUAAUGAUGAUACAUCUACUAACAUGCCAAGUAAUCGUAAUAGUGAUGAUACACCAUCUGCUAGUAUAUCUAAUGCACCUUCCUACGUCACUACACCUAAAUCUACUUCAUCAAAAUACAAUGAUAAAGAUUUUAAAACGAAAUUUGAUUUACUUGAGAGAACUUUAUCAAGAAUAAAACAAAACAAUUCUGAUAUUCCUGAUUUCUUUAGACCAUUUGGCAUUAAACAAAAAGUUAUUUCUGCUCAGCUUGAUAUUCCUACCAGUACAAUAAAUGAUACUAUCAAACAGUAUAAAGAAACAGGUUACACAACACCUGAAAAACGUCCUGGUUGUCCAAAACUGCUCGCUCAACAUGAUACACGCAUUUUACAACAUAUUGUCCAUGAUAACUGGUUUUCCCCUCUUGGUGAUAUAACAAAUAAAUUUAAUUCUCAUCUUAACACAACUUUGCAUUAUAAUACAGUUAGAAAAUAUCUUCAUGAUGAGGGUCUAGGUAAUUAUGCUACAAAAAAAAAACCUCUUUUAGCAGAGAAACAGUGA